AUGAGUCUCCCACUAUAUAAAGAAAUGGCCCUCCUGGCGCCAGAGCAGCAACUCCGUGCCAUCCUCCUCGCCCUCUGCGACGACCGCUCCACGCGCGCCCUCGCAGAGAACCACUACCGCGCGCUCAAAGCCGCCGACAACCCAUCGACGGGGCUGAAGCGCAAGGCCACUGACUUGUUUGUCUGUGUGCAGUGCGACGAGGCCUUUACUGAGGAGUCCAACACAGAGACUUCGUGUUGGUACCAUCCAGGGGACCUCGAUGUUGAUGACUCAGGGGACUUUUGGGCGGAUCAUGAUGAGGAUUGUCACGGUGAGAUCGAUACGUGA